GGAACUUCUUCCAGCUUCCCCAUGGGAGGGUAGUGGGGUGCGUGUCUCUCCCUUGCUCUUCCCAGGGUUGAAGCAGCAGCUGGCAGACAAGAGGAGGCCAAUAAGAACAUUCUGCACAACUGAGAAUUACAAGAAGCAUUAAAAAGGAAAGCAAAUCAAGCCAGCAAUCAAAAUCUUUUCCACUUCCCAGAGAACAAGAAAACUCAUUUCCUUCCCCAGCAGGUGACAGACAAGGGAGAGAAAAACAGGAAGAGAGUUUUGAGCUGGAAAAAAUUGAGUAUGUGGAACUCAAGGAAACAUUACAUGAAAAGGUCAAGGGGGAUAAUUUCCAAAUUCAUAAAAAGAAGGAAAUUCCUGGAUGUCAGUGGGGACAAAGAGGUCACAUUGAUAGCCCUGUAGGGCAGAGAGUAAUGCAAGCCUCACCCUAUGAGGAAGGAAACAGUGGCUUGAAUCAAAGCAUCAUCCAACAAGGGAUCAGAAAUAUUUUUGACCUCCUUGAGAAUCCAAGAAUAUAAGCGGUGGAAAAGCUCCACAGAUCAUAUUGUGGAAAAAGCACAGACUGCAGAUCACAGCAGAUUACACAUGAGAGGAUCCACAGUGGAAAAAAGCUGUAUGGAUGCUCCAAGUGUAAGAAGGUCUUUUGCUACAGCUCCCAACUUUUUGAGCAUAAAAGGACCCACAUUGGAAAGAAGCCCUACCAAUGCUUGUAGUGUGGUUUGCAAUGUGGGUAACAUGCCACCCUGAUGAGCCACAAGAGGACUCACACUGAGGAGAAACUGUUUGAAUGUCCUGAGUGUGGGAAAAGCUUCAAUACUAAUUCAAAUUUUACCAGCCAUAUGAAGUUGCACAAAGGAGAGAAACCGUAUGAGUGUCCGGACUGUGGAAAGAGUUUCAGUCAGAAUUGCAACCUGGUGAAACACCAGAGGACUCACACAGGAGAGAAACCGUAUGAGUGUCCGGAUUGUGGGAAAAGUUUCAGUCGGAAUUGCCACCUUGUGAUACACCAGAGGACUCACACAGGAGAGAAACCGUAUGAGUGUCCGGAUUGUGGGAAAAGUUUCAGUCGGAAUUGCCACCUUGUGAUACACCAGAGGACUCACACAGGAGAGAAACCGUAUGAGUGUCCGGAUUGUGGGAAAAGUUUCAGUCGGAAUUGCCACCUUGUGAUACACCAGAGGACUCACACAGGAGAGAAACCGUAUGAGUGUCCGGAUUGUGGGAAAAGUUUCAGUCGGAAUUGCCACCUUGUGAUACACCAGAGGACUCACACAGGAGAGAAACCGUAUGAGUGUCCGGAUUGUGGGAAAAGUUUCAGUCGGAAUUGCCACCUUGUGAUACACCAGAGGACUCACACAGGAGAGAAACCGUAUGAGUGUCUGGUUUGUGGGAGAGGUUUCAGUCGGAAUUCCAUCCUGGGAAUACACCAGAGGACUCAUACUGGCGAGAAACCUUAUGAAUGUCCAGAUUGUGGGAAAAGGUUCAGUCAGAAUUAUCACCUGGUGAUACACCAGAGGACUCACACUGGGGAGAAACCGUAUGAGUGUCCGGAUUGUGGGAAAAGUUUCAGUCAGAAUUCUAGAUUGGUGAUACACCAGAGGACUCACACUGGGGAGAAACCUUAUGAGUGUCAAAAUUGUGGGAAAAGUUUCAGUCAGAAUUACCACCUGGUGAUACACCAGAGGACUCACACCGGGGAGAAACCAUAUGAAUGUUUGGAUUGUGGGAAAAGUUUCAGUCAGAAUUCUGACCUGGUGAAACACCAGAGGACUCACACAGGAGAGAAACCAUAUGAGUGUCUGGAUUGUGGGAAAGGUUUCAGUCGGAAUUCCGACCUGGUGAUACACCAGAGGACUCACACUGGGGAGAAACCAUAUGAGUGUCCAGACUGUGGGAAAGAUUUCAUUAGUAGGUCUACCCUUAUUAAUCAUGUAGGUUUACACACUGGGGAGAAACCAUUCAAAUGUCCAGACUGCGAACGGUGCUUCAAUCAAAAUUCCUCCCUGGUCUCACACAAGAAGAUUCACAUGAGGCAGAAGGCGAUGAGUGUAGAGAAGGCUUGAAUUUCAUUUCUGGUCCCCCAUUGGAAAUCCAGUUGAGAAAUUAACUAAUUUCUGGCCUGAUUUUCUUUAGUCAAGCAUAUCUCAGUACUGGACAUGAGGGAAGAGAGGUAUAAAUGGCAAACACACGUCUGGCUAUCAGUAGAACUUACUGGAUAUUUAGUUUUGCAGAAAUAGUGCAAUUGAUGCAAAAAGGCUCCAGUAGGAAGAAAUUGAUAUGAGAGGAGAGGUUAACAGGGUUCAAAGUUCAUCUUUUCCUAACGCCUUCAGAAAUUCAGUGCAAGGAGUAUCAGAUUGUGGCUAGGAUGAAUCAGAAAUAUCAAAGAAACUAUUAAAAUGGAGAAUAUAUUAAGGACGUUUGUGGCAGUGACAAAGCACUGUAAAAUUUCAGAUAUAAAGGCUGCUCUGAAUUGCAAAUGAACAUGAUGGAUAAGAGCUGUAGAUAAGAAUAUUGAGUUGAGGAGAGUCUGCUGUGAUAUUGUUUGCUUGAAGGUGUCUGCUUGUUAGCCUUUGAUGGCUGGUGGUUGACAUCAGCGCUGAGAUGCUGAGAUUUUUGUGGCAUCCCCCUUGGUGGUGGAGACAAGAAUUGUACAAUGGAGAAAAUUUCAUGUCUACAAAUGCAUUGCGUAAGACCCAUUAAUAGCUUCUGACAAGGAAAAAAAUGGGCAGUGUCAGGGUUGCUGUGAAUGUGGGGGCAAGAUAAUUACAGCUCUAUCCCCAACACAUGGGAGACAUUUCCAUUUCUUUCACUCCUAUCUCAGGGAUUCUUUUGAACUGUUUCCAAAAAAUCCCUUCAAGUAAAGGGAGGAAAAUUAUUUGGAGCAGCAAAGUGGCAUUUUACCUAUCCAGAUGAAUGAUCCUGAUUUUACUGAGUUUAGAGGACACCAAAGAAUUCAAGGUUUGUUCAUUUCAGUAACACAAUUCAGAGAUCAGGUGAUAAUACUUUUUUUUCCUAGUAGAUCACAUUGCAUAUGAUCACUUUGCAGAAGGACAUCCAACAACCAGUAUCACACCAAGGGUGAGGAGAAACCAAUCUCCAAAUAGGUUCAGAUUUAAACAUUUGCAAAGCUUUUAAACUGUAAACUAUUCAAAUUCUAUUUAAUUCUCUCUUCCUUUCUCUCUCUCGCUCUUUUUUGGUGCCAGGUUUUUGUGCACACCUCUUUUCAUGUCACAUUUUAUUAUGGUUAGGAGCUGCAAACACUUGAAAUGGUUGAACAGCCUCUGGAUCUUUGAGAGGGCCAGACCAUUAUGGAAAGCCUUGCAUUCUAAAACAGUGUUUAGAGCUCACCCCAGUGAGGUCAAAUUAUACUUUGUGUCUACAGAAUAGUGAUGUCUUUGGGGAAUAAAAUGGAAAUUGGGAGAGAGGGAAUGGAAUGAAUAACUUGGAAGAGGUCAUUGCUGGCUGGCUACUGCAAUUGUUUAUUGCAGGUAGUGUGUUUCUUUUGAAUACCUUUCUGUGAAGACUUCAUUUUUUUCCCCUUUUGGGAGAUGUCCCAUGUGUACAACCAAACCCACAGAAGGUAAGAAAGUGGGGCAGUGGAUGUGAGUCUGAGGAUACUAAUAACAAGAAUGUAUGUCUUGCUUAAGAAUUAAGUGCAGAAGAGAAAUAAAGGAACAUUAAUCAAAUUUGAAUUUGCAAAAAUACAAAGUAGACACAUUAAAACUGACACUAAGGCAAUAAUGGAGUACCCAACUAGUAUUUGUUGUUGUUGUUCAAUUGUUAAGUUGUGUCCAACUCUUCAUGACCCCAUGAACCAUAUCAUGCCAGGCCUUCCUGUCCUUCACUGCCUCUCAGAGUCUGUUCAACUUCAUGUUAAUUGCUUCAGUGAUGCUCUAGCCAUCUCAUCCUCUGCCGUCCCCUUCUCCUUUUUCCUUCAAUCUUUCCCAGCAUCAGGGUCUUUUCCAAAGAGUCCUUUCUUCACAUUCGGUGGCCAAAAUAGCUGAGCUUGAGCUUCAGUAUCGAUCCUUCCAAUGAGCAGUCAGGGUUGAUUUCCUUUAGGAUUGACUGGUU